UCACAGCUCGUCAGGGCGUCCACACUCCCGCUCUAGUCAUGCGCGAGUCUCCUCCGCUAUCGCAUCGACCGAAAUUAGAGUUGGAUUAAACGCGCGAUUGUCGCGGUCGCGCUCGGCGGUCUCGGCAGAUUUACGUAUACGCCCCGCAGCCGCCGCCGCCGGGUCUGGCUCGACGUUCCUCCAUGUGUGACCGGAUUGCCUUCGAAAAAUCGAUCGGGGAAGGUGGCCGCGGGCUGGCUAUGGGCUCCAGCUAAUCGUUUCGGCCAGGUGGAUGAGGAGGGGCAACGCGACUAACUUACACACGUUUGUUGCAACACCAUCAUUCAUCAUUAAAAACCCCAUCAGACACAAUGUCGUCGAUUAAACUGCCGUCGCUCGUAGUCAAAUGACAAUAACUAGAAUAAAGUGCCGGGAGCGCUCAUGAGACAGUCGUGUCAUCGUCUGCUUGAGCACCAACAGGCAGGGGGUGAGGAACCCCCGCUUUACUCACCAGUAGACCAAAUUUCAGUGGUACCGGAACAUGUGGGCCGCGAGGCCGGCGGCAAGCUGACACGAUAUGCGCCGACGGAGGAGGACGAGGCGACACUCAGGGAACUUCUACUUAGCCUUCAGAGACAGGUGAGCGUGAUGAGUAUGAAUCUGUCCGCAAAGCUGGACGAGCUACAGCGGGGCGACCGGCAACUUGAGACCACGGUCGCACUCUGUGAGAUUAGAACGCAACUACAAGAACUCACCAAGAGCGUUGAAUCAUGUCAAAGCGAAGUGUCUGAGGUGAAACGAGAUAUGGUUGCCAUCAAGCAAGAGUUAGACACUGUGCAACAGGUGAAAGAGGAAAUAGAAGAGUUGCGAGAAUAUGUGGACAGGCUUGAAGAACACACUCAGAGGCGGAAGCUCAGACUGCUGGAACAAGGGCUAACAUUCUUCCUGUCCUACGCCAUCUUGGCUGCAGUGCUCGGAAUGCUGCAAUUUGGUUACAACACUGGCGUCAUCAACGCUCCUGGCAGAAAUAUCGAGAACUUUAUGAAGGACGUGUACAAGGACCGUUAUGGCAAGGACAUCCACGAAGACGCCGUCAACAGACUGUAUUCUAUCGCAGUGAGCAUUUUUGCAAUUGGUGGCAUGCUCGGUGGAUUUUCAGGUGGAAUGAUCGCAAACCGUUUUGGAAGGAAAGGUGGAUUGUUGCUCAAUAAUAUUCUGGGUAUCAGUGGCGCAAGUCUCAUGGGCUUCACGAAAAUAUCACAUUGUUAUGAAAUGCUCUUUUUCGGUAGAUUCAUCAUCGGCGUCAAUUGCGGACUCAAUACGUCAUUAGUGCCCAUGUACAUAUCUGAAAUUGCACCCUUGAAUCUUCGCGGUGGCCUAGGAACAGUGAACCAGCUAGCGGUCACAGUAGGAUUACUCCUAUCGCAAGUUCUUGGCAUCGAACAAAUUCUUGGCACGGAUGAUGGGUGGCCAAUCUUACUGGGUCUUGCUGUUUGUCCUGCAAUUCUGCAACUGUUGCUAUUACCUGCAUGUCCCGAAUCACCUCGCUAUCUGCUAAUAACCCGACAGUGGGAAGAGGAGGCACGAAGAGCUUUGAGAAGACUACGGGCUAGCAAUCAGGUAGAAGAAGACAUAGAAGAAAUGCGCGCUGAAGAGAGAGCCCAACAAGCAGAGGCUUCAAUAUCGAUGAGGGAAUUGCUUUGUUCACCAACUCUCCGUGCCCCCUUGCUUAUUGGUGUUGUGAUGCAACUAUCACAACAGCUUAGCGGAAUCAAUGCGGUGUUUUACUAUUCAACCUCGCUGUUCACCUCAUCGGGCCUGACCGAGGAGUCAGCAAAGUUUGCUACCAUGGGAAUCGGAGCUAUUAUGGUGGGAAUGACUCUUGUAUCCUUGCCCCUCAUGGACCGCACCGGACGGCGAACCCUUCACCUUUAUGGCCUUGGUGGCAUGUUCAUCUUCUCUAUCUUCAUCACCAUCUCUUUCCUCAUAAAGGAGUUUUUCGGCUAUGUGCAGGAAAUGAUAGACUGGAUGAGCUACCUGUCCGUGGUGUCAACGCUGAGCUUCGUAGUAUUUUUCGCCGUGGGCCCCGGCUCCAUACCCUGGUUGAUCACUGCCGAACUUUUCUCACAAGGGCCACGGCCGAGUGCAAUGGCUAUCGCCGUUUUAGUUAAUUGGAUGGCCAAUUUCGUUGUUGGAAUCGGCUUUCCGAGCAUGAAGGCUCUUCUGGAAAACUAUACAUUCCUGCCUUUUAGUGUAUUCCUUGCAAUUUUUUGGAUAUUUACGUAUAAAAAAGUUCCUGAAACAAAAAAUAAGACCUUUGAGGAAAUUUUAGCAUUGUUCCGGAAUUCGAACGGCAGGGACAGUUUCCGCGACAGCCGGCUCUAUGGAAGCAUGAUGAAUUGCGUGAACGCAUUGGAACAACAGUUGCCGCCGCCGCCGCCACCAGCCCCCGUCGACGAAAAACAUGAUUCACUGUCGGAGCAGUCGUCGGCUGGGGGGGAGGCGGGGCGGCCCCCUCCGCCGCUGCCGCCCCCGAGGUUCCCUGCCACCGGCAACGUCUGACAAUGGGAGACCACUGCGCGUGCACCUCUAGUUGCGCCGAUCAAGGCCGCCGCCAACUUCUUGUUUCAUGGACUCAAGCGUCAAGCGGUGGGCCGUGCCUCUAUCACUACCACACAACAAAUGUUCUAAAUUGAUGUGAUUAGGUUAAUAAAACGAAGCUAGUCUAUAAGUCACGGCAUAAAGUUAACAUACCUAGUUCUUUAGUCUGUCAUUUUAUGACAUAAUUUGUGAAAUGCAUACCGAGGUACCAUGUAAAGUAUCAUCGGUUUCUUGUACCCAUUUUAAUUAGAUCUUCAAGAAAUUUUACUAAGAAUGAAGAUUAGAUAAAAUUGAAUAUUUUGAAGAGAUUUAGGAAGAGAUCUGGAAAGAUAGGUGUUCAAACAGUUACAAUCUACGAAAUCAUCUUCUGAUAUUUUGUAGAUUUCUGAAAGAGUGCGGUCGGAAUGUCAUACUGUGUACGGAAGUAUUACAAGAGAUUUUAUUAAAGAAGAAAAAAAUCAACAACGAGACUAAAAAUUAAAUAAAGGAUGAUUGUAUUGAUUGUAGAUUUGUAUUCGGGUAUGCUAGAACGCAUACGAUGUCAUAAUAUUAUGCCAAGAAAUUCGUAAAGUUAAAAUAAAUAAAUUAUAAUGUAAAAUGGGUACGACGAGUACAUGUGCUUACUAGAGCAUGCAUCCCGGUAACUGCCAAGGACCGGUGUCGGUACUGUUUUGCAGCCACAGUAUUUUCGGUACAUUCAAUACUAUAACGAUAAAUAGAAAGGACAAUGUAUAUACUCCUGAAUAUACUAUGAUAUAAAUAACAUAUUAAAAAAUAUGUAAUUUAUUUCUGCAAUCACGUGUCACUAGCAAAUUUGAACUAAAUUAAAUACAACCAAAUAAUAUUUCUCUGUAUGGUUUCCCAAAUUAUCAUUUAUUAAUCACUUUAAUUUUUAAUUCAUCCUGUUUACAUAAGAUAUUAUAUGUCUUCAUUCCUAAGUAAAAUACCUACUAUUAAUAUUGUACCUAAUAAGUCACUUUACCGUAAUUUAAGAAAGAAAUACGAGAUAUGAUGAAAAUAUCACAUCGUGGUUAAAAAUAUUGAUAUUCUUCCUGGAAAAUUACUAUUUAGUAUAAUGUACAUCUAUUCAUUAGAGCUGGUUAAUUAAAAAUUCCCGUCAGUGAUCUAUAAAGUCAAUAAGUUUCCAAGGCUUGCAACGUGUACCUAAGCCUCGAACUUUUAAUUAGCUACCAACAAAAUGUAAGCUAAGUAGGUAGGUACCUACCUGUUGUGGGUCGGUAAAGAUCACUUUCAAACAUUUGUCAAAACUGCACAGAUUAAAAUACUUAAUAAAUAUGAUUUGUGUUCGUGGAAAGUACCAAGAAUACAGGUUCCAAUAGGUAUCUCGUAUUUCGCCAACAAAAGUACCGAUGCUCUAGUGCUUACAGAAACGAUACAAGUUAUGAUUAUUGUCACUGACAUGUACAAGAAUACAAUGUACAUACAUGCUGUGACUAUAAUAAUAUUAUAUUGUUGAUUUUUAUAAAUGAUUGUAUUAUUUUACGAAAGUUUUUAUUCUCUUUUUGCUCAUGAUUAUUAUUGUUAUACUUAAUGGUAAUUUAAUGUCAUAUCUAAAAUGGCGAACAUAAUUAUAAAUAUUGUAUUAACAGUACCUAUAAAUAAAAUAUUAUUCAGGUCGGGAGAUAUUAUUUAUAGCAGUUGCGGGAAUUGAUCAUAGAUAAUUUAUUUUUUACUUUACGAUUAUGUUAUCUAUCGCGUUGAUUUCAAACAUUUUGCGCAAUUAUUAAUGUUAAAAAUAUAUUAUUUUAUCACGUGCAAGUAGAUUUUUUAAGUUGUAGUUAUUAAGAGAUAAUAAUAAAAAUCGUAUUAAUUUCGAUUGAGGAAAAAUAGAGUAUGGUAAGUUAUACAAAUUGUGAAAACUUUUAAGAAUGUAAAGCUUUUAAACCUAGUACGCCCCUAGAAGACGAAAAAUGUUUAAUUAUUUAUUAGCUAGGGUUCACUAGUUACUACAGGGUUGUAGUUGACGUCUGUCUAUCCGUGUAUCUCCUAACUGCUCAAUUCGAAGAGACUUGAAGGCUGGUUAGCCUGUCGUGAUCGGUAAAGGUAACACGGCCUAAAAUGUGUGACUAGACAUGCGUCCUUACGAUGACUGAUUGAUAUAUGCGAGGUAUACUGUAAAUAAUUAUUUGAAUAGUUGUGUAAAAAGAGAGAAUCUAGUAAAUGUAAGAACAUUUAUUUAUGGUCCGUUUGCCUUUGUUGUAUAACAUUAUUUCCUAAUCUGUUUUGCACAACUAUAUGUUGCCAUAUAUUUAAUAUUUUUAAAUAAUAUAGUUAUGUACUCAUUAUAUGAAUAGAGCCAAACAAAAGCUCGUUCACAAUGAUGUCCCAUGGGUUUAAUCAAGCAACACAUUCUUUAACAAAUGUUUUUUUUUUAAUUCUCUCACUUCGUUCAAUAGUUAUCGCACAAAUAAAUUACGACGAAGGUAUUGCAUCUGAUUUUACGCACAAUAUGAAACUUAAAUAUCUAAAUUAUUUAUCUAAAUGUCCACAUUUUACAGAUAUGCACAAAUUUACAUUCACUCCGUGUUGUUGAUUUAUGUAUAUACUUUUGUAACGAAAGGAAAGUGUUCCUAAGCAACACCACAUUUAAGUUUAAUUCAAUUAUUUAUUAAAUUUACGCUUACGAAUGAAAAUGAGUCUUGAGAACCUAUCCGACCUUUAAUUAAUUCAUCUCAUUGAAACAUACCAAAUGAGAGCGAGUAACUACGUUUUAAGGUUUGAUUUACCUUUGUUUCGGAAUUAGUAAUUUACUUAUAGGUAAAGUUCAGCUUGGAUCUUCUAGAAUAAUUAUUUAUGUUUUUUUUUCAUUAUUUAUACCUCCGAGCAUAAGUCUAGAAAGUAAUUAAGAAUGAUUUGGUAUGAAAAGUGUAGUCACGUUAAUCUUGAUAAAUAGUCUAAUAUAAAAACUAAUUGUUACACAGUGUAAUGUAAUAUUAUACAUGUCAGCAAAAAACUUAUAAUAAGGUAAUGAACGCGACUGAAACCUUAUUAAAAUAGAAAGUAUUUGGAGGAUAGUAACAAAACGUCAAUUAGAUUAUAUUUUGAAAACAUUUUUACAAUUUAUCAAAAUUAUUAUUAGUGCGAUUUUGAAUCAAAAAUUCUAAGAGACCCAAGCUCAUAGCCAUUGUGCUAUACUUGCCUACUGAAGUAAGCUAGUCAGUCGCGUAACGGCGCAGGAUGCACGGAUUGACAGAUCUGACGGGAGCCAAGCCCCAUUCGCUAGAAACUAAACCCUAAAAAAUCUUCUAAAGCACUAUCCACAGUUAUUGCCACGAUUAUCUGAAUUUUUUAAGUUCGUCACGGAGAUUAUCCCGUACUUGUACAAAAGGAACUUGUAAAAUUUUAUUGGAACUA